ACAAGAAUUGAUCUCCAUAAUAACCGUUUGACAUACCUCGAUAUAAACCUGUUUCUGAACAAUAGCAGGCUGACAACACUUUUGUUAUCAGAAAACAAGUUAACAAGACUCAACCAAAGUACUUUCGAACUGAUUGGGCCUUCUCAUACAUCUGUCGAUCUUUCAGGGAACCCACUUGAAUGCAAUUGUGAACUAAGUUGGCUUCUUGCCUGGAUUAGCGGACCACUUGUACUCAUGAACAAGAAUAAAACUAUUUGUUCGUCAGCGUCUUUAGAGCCUCUCCGCGAUAAACCGCUGUUUGAUUUUGAGUCCAAAAAGCUUUGUAGCCCUAACAUUGCCCUCUAUUCUUUGACUCCCCUUGCCAUCAUAUCCUUCGUAGUCAUCGUCGUACUCGUUCAUCACAAUCGAUGGCAGUUGAGGCACAAACUCUUUCUCUUGAAAUUAGCGGCCGUUGGGUAUAACGAGAUGCGAGACGCUCGAGACCACAAUGAUUAUGAGUUCGACAUGAAUAUCAUCUUCUACGACGAUGACGAAGAGUGGGCUCGCGAACAUCUUCUACCAACUCUCGAAGAAAGACUCCCGCAGUUUAAGAGGAACGUCUUUGGUGACAAAGACCUAGUGCCAGAUAUGCAUUACUUGGAGGCGAUUGACUACGUGGUGAGCCGGAGUUACAAGACCGUCAUUCUACUAAGCAGAGCCGCCGUGCGCGAUCGCUGGUUCAUGCUCAAGUUCCGCACCGCGAUGGACCAUGUGAGUGACACCCAGACUGAGUUCGUAGUCGCGGUCUUCAUCGAAGACAUCCCAGAUGAUGAGAUACCUUUCUUGGCGAGGUUGUAUCUCAUUGACGGCAGACCCUACCUCUAUUGGACUGAGGACGUGAGGGGACAGGAAUAUUUCUUUGAUCAAUUGACGAAAUAUCUAACGAUUAAUCUCAAAACCAAUGACUUGAUCCCUAACGAGUAGAAGAAUGUGACAAUAUAACUAUGUGGUCGUCAGGGUAAGCAGGGGUAGCCUCAAUAUCCUUAUGAGCUGAAAUGUUAGAAAUAAAAAAAAAAGGAUGGAAUUUUUUGUAGAGUGCAACGACCAUAAUAUUUUUUGAGCAAUUCCUUUUCCUAGAUAUCUCGUCUUUGAUAAAUGCGAGAAAUAGCACAUUUAACAUUUCCGUAUGAUUGCAAAUGUAUCAUCUGAUUAAAUCAAUGUUUUCUACUACGACAUCGUCUAACACAUUGUCGUACGAGGCUUAUCGCUGUUGGUUUGCGACAGUGACUUAAACAGACUAAGUAAUCCUAGAUGUAUUGCAAUGAUUAUGUACGUUUUUACUAUUUCAAAUUUACUCGAACGUACCUUGAAAAGUAGAAUCACAAAUGAAACAUUUCAUUUAUUUCAAGGCAUUUUGAUGAAUCUUUUUACUCUUGAUUUUUUAAGCAGUUUAAGACAGGAUUAUAUGAACAAUGACAGUCUUUAAUAAUACAAACAUGUCCCUUCAAAUGUUAUGUAACGCGUAUUGGGAUGUUUAAUAACCCUCUCGUAUGUAUACAAUAUUUAUUGGAACUUCAAUCUUGGCCUCAUAAAUAUAUCACUAGAAGUAAAACAAUAUUCAGUAUUGUAAAAUUACAAUGUUUUAUUUUUAUAUAUGUAAAGCAUAUAAUGAAAUAAGAAUGACAAUUAUAAUAAUAUUAAUAAUAAUAAUAAUAAUUAUAUAUUUUAUAACCUAGGGUAACCCAAUCAGUAUUAAUAUUGUUCUCCCUUAGGGCCCUGUAAUCAUGUUAUAACCCCGGCUUUAGCCUAGCUACCAUGACAAUUAAGGCGGUCAAUCAUUAAAGGAAUUGUAGUAACAUUAAUGUAUGAAUUAGUGUACGAAAUAAUGCAUGAAUUAAUGUAUGAAUCGAUGUAUAAAUUCAUGUAUGAAUCGAUGUAUAAAUUAAUGUAUGAAUGAAUGGAUAAAUGUAUAAUGAAAUGAUAUAUCUAGUUCACGCACUCUAGCUUCAUCAGUAUCAAUAUUUCAUUGUAUGUGUACAUGCUCCAAAUAAGGGUUGUCGUAGUAGAUGGAUAACUCUAGAUUACAAUAUAUGCAAACCUUAUCAUUGAUGAUUAAUACUUAUAUUGUUAAAACUUAACAAUUGAUGUUGAAGAGAGAUAACAUAUUUUCUUAAAGGUAAUACAAAGUUUUGGGAA